UAUAAGAUGCUGCUGUUCAUUUCGAAAACACGAAGGAAGCGAUGCAAGAAGUGUUUUUAUAAUUGUUUUGAGCGAAAGAGAAGCAGAGGAUAAAACCAAUCCUAAAACAAAGUUAUCAUUUGUUUCUGUUUCCGUCUCAUUCAAAUUGUGACAAGUUUGUUUUGGAGUCGCGUGGGAGAUUACGCGUGAAAGUGUGUUCUCGGCAGCAGCAUGGCCUCUCCACCUCAGAAUACAGCCACAGACCCUUCGUGGACUGUUAGACCUUCUCCUCAAACAGAAUUGGAAAUGAGCGAAACUCUACAUAUGCAGAGGGACAGUGUACGGUUCGGCAGGUCCCGCAACGUGACUGUGGACGGCAAUAGUCGCAAUGAGUACCCGACUGUCCAGACAAUAAUCACUCAGCGCCGGGCAUCCCACUUCCAUCACCGCAUGUCCGUGCACAGCAACACCCGUCCCAUCCUCUCUAGAUCCUUCUUUCAGGGACGUGUAUAUAAUUUUUUAGAGCGACCAUCGGGUUGGAAAUGCUUUGUUUAUCAUUUCACAGUAUUCCUCAUUGUGCUUUCUUGCCUGAUCCUCAGUGUGCUGUCUACCAUUGAUGAGUAUCAAACACUGGCUAAUAAAACACUAUUUUGGGUGGAAUUAGUGCUGGUAGUGUUUUUUGGUGUGGAGUAUGUGGUGCGCCUGUGGUCAGCAGGAUGCCGAAGUAAAUAUGUUGGAAUUCUGGGAAGGCUUCGCUUUGCUCGAAAACCCAUCUCUGUCAUUGAUCUGAUUGUGGUGGUGGCCUCCAUUAUUGUAUUGGCAUUUGGCUCUAAUGGUCAGGUUUUUGCCACCUCUGCUGUCAGAGGAGUCCGCUUCCUGCAGAUCCUACGAAUGCUGCAUGUGGAUCGACAGGGAGGAACUUGGCGGCUGCUUGGAUCUGUGGUUUUCAUACAUCGGCAGGAACUGAUCACAACUCUUUAUAUCGGAUUCCUGGGGCUCAUCUUCUCUUCCUACUUCGUUUAUCUGGCAGAGAAGGAUGCGGUAGAUGAUCACGGUAUCACAGAGUUCAGCAGCUAUGCUGAUGCUCUUUGGUGGGGUGUGGUGACAGUAACAACUAUUGGCUAUGGAGACAAGGUCCCUCAGACCUGGAUUGGGAAGACCAUUGCAUCAUGUUUCUCUGUCUUUGCUAUCUCGUUUUUUGCCCUCCCUGCUGGAAUCCUCGGCUCUGGUUUUGCUCUGAAGGUACAGCAGAAACAGAGACAAAAACACUUCAACAGGCAAAUCCCUGCAGCUGCAUGUCUGAUACAGGCCUCCUGGAGGUGCUUUGCCCUAGAGAACGAUGAUUCUGCUACUUACAAGUUAUUUGUGAAGAGGAAAUAUGUGGCAUCCAGCGCUUUAAUGCCCAGCCCUAAAUUAAAGGUAAAGAUGAGGAGAAAGAUGAAGAGUUAUGAGAGAGAUAAUGGGCCCAGUUCUCCCACCAUACCCACCAUAACCUACGAUUCUUUUGAUGAUGCAAAGGAUGUCAGUCAAGAUACAUUGAGCAGCAUUCAACAGUCAGGGGCAAACACAUUCAGAAGAAGUGAGCGGGAACAAUCAUGGAAUUCUCUAUCCACCUUCCAGUUCUCCCCACCUCCAGGGAAAAAAUCCCCUGGGUUUUUGGACGUGCAGUCUCGGCCAACACUCCAGAGGAGCAGCAGCUUUGCAGAUGAUAUGGAGACUGAAGCAGAGAGAGAUAGUUCACUUGUUCCAGUCACUCAUGUGUCUCAGUUGCGUGAUUCCCACAGAGCAGCCAUUCGUGUGAUCCAGAGAAUGCACUACUUUGUGGCAAAAAAGAAAUUCCAGCAAGCACGUAAGCCUUACGAUGUGAGAGAUGUAAUUGAGCAGUAUUCUCAGGGUCACCUCAACCUCAUGGUGCGUAUCAAGGAGCUACAGAGAAGGCUGGAUCAGUCCUUAGGGAAGCCGUCUCUCUUCCAGACAAGUUCAGAGCGCCUGAAAGACAAAGGCACGAACACUAUUGGCUCCAGACUCAACAGGAUGGAGGACAAGAUCACACACAUGGACAUGACACUCAACCGCAUUGCUGAGUCUCUGAACCUCCUGUUGGUGAGAGAGAGAGAGUCGGAUUUAGCCAGACGGCAGGAACGGGGUGGCAGCAUCCACAGACAAUCAGAAAACCAGGGCCUGACAGUGCCAGACAGGCAGGACAGCCUAACUUGCUACCAGCAACUCUCCACAGAGACCUUUAACCUCUCCCGUGAGGACAGCUGAGUGACUUAAGUUCUACAAAAUCACAAAGUGCCUGAUACUGGCUCAGUUUUGGCUUGAAUUAAUAAAGAAGGUUUUAUUUUGGGUAUAGGAACAUAUGAAUAAAGCUCAUCUCAGGUUCAGAGUUGGCUGUCCAGAGAAUGUACCAAAUAAUCCUAUUGAUUUUACUGUAAUUUUGUUGGACAGUUGGAUUCCUUCUAAAGCAACAAGGCAUGUAUACAUAUUUUAGCAUACAAUUAUGUAAGUAUUAUGUUGGCUUUUUGGUAUUAUCCAAUUGAUGCUUUCCUUUUAUUUUUAUUUUUUUUUUUUAAAAAGAAGAAAAAAAAAGAAGAGAAUACUGGGCUCAACAAUAAGGAUGUCCCGCUGGCCCAGGGCCAGUGUGAGAGAGUUUCGGGCCAGUUGAUGGAACUGCCACUUGCCCUGUUAGGCCAGUGCUGCAAUGUCACUAAAUAUUGCAUUCGCUGAUCUUACUGUUGUUUUUAUUAUUAUUAUUAUUAUAAAUUAUCGAUAUACUGAGUAUUGUUCUAUUCAGUUUUAGCAGCAUUGUGAGAGUCUUAGAAGCGUUAGAAUGGGAUGAAAAUUAUAAACCAGUCAUUAAUGUUUUGAUUUGUAUAUUGUUUUCCAGCAAAGCUAGUUUUUGGUAAAGAAAACUUAACUUUAAUGAAAAAUAUUAUUCCUGGCACACAUAUACAGUACAUUAGAAAAAAAAAAAAAAAAGAAAAGAAAAAAAAUAUAUAUAUAUAUAUAUAUAUUGUGGAGAGGCCAGUGAAAAUGUUGGCAGGGCAAGUAAAAUCUGAACUACUGGCCUGACAGGGCUAGCAGAAAAAAAAAAUCCUUACUGUUGAGUCCUGGAAAAUAUAAUUUUGUGACUAGUUUGCCCUCUACCCUCUAUAUACGAAUGUUACAAAGAACACAUUAUUCUGAAGUGUAAUGAAUUGACGUUUUUAUUGGGUCAAUGAAUACUACUGAAAAUUGACAGGAACAAAAUAUCCGAUCCUGUUUAUAAAAUGCUAAUAAACUGUUUAGAGGAGUAUAGAUCUGUGAAUAAUAUAUUGAAUUCAGCUUCUUUUCACUUACCUCUGUCCUCCAAAUUAAGUUUAUAUUUAUGUCAAUUCACAGAUGUACAAAUAUGAAUGUGAUUUUUUUAAGUAUCAUAUCUUUCAAGCAAUACUACUGAUUCAAUUCUCCAGUAAACAGUUUCAUCCAAACUGUGAUUUUUAUAAAGUACUGUUUUUGUUUUGUUUAUUCACUUUGGCAAAGAUGCAAUACUGGCAAAAAAAAAUUCUGGUUUUAUCCUGAAUAAAUAACUUGUCGGUCCCUUCCGUCUCCUGUUUGCGGUGCUUUCAUUUUCCCCAUGUUUCCAAGGGGUCAAACAUCUUCAGUAUUCAAACACAAGUGUGUGGGCAACCCAGGUUUCCGCUCUUUACCUGCACCAUCAGACCAGAAUGGUGCUAUUUAUGCUUGUGUGGAGG